UCAAAUGGGAGCAUAAAAAGCAUCCCAAAUAAUUGAAACAUUAAAGGGGACGCUCACCCAUUGAGCAAGGCCUUCGCCCAAUAUUUCUAGCUAACUGGCUGACCGCCCAGUGUAAACACUGUGCACAGCUGUUUGGAUCCCCACCUGCCAUCCUCGACUCCUGGUUCGCCUCGUUGUCGUGCCUAACCACAGACAACAAUGUGUGGGGCGCAUGCGUCGAGAUUGGUGCACCGCCAAGCGAAAACACCACAGCAGAAGUCAGUAGCCGAGCGGUGUUCAAGUCAGUUGCUUUUCGAGGCUCGUAGGAUACGCACGGCUCUGGCGGUUGAUAAAAUGCGGGAACUGAUUGUGAAGUGAAUACAGUAACUGAUUGCUGUGCUGUGAGUGCGAGCGGUUCGAGUGCGAGUUCAAGUGCCAGUUGUUUCGCGUCUGUGGUGAAUAGGCGCCGCCGAAGAGCACACUAAAGAGAGUACAGCAUCACAGAAUUGCAGAAUCGAAGAGCUUGACAGCCUUGCUAACGGAGCAGGCAUCGCAGUAAAUCUAAAUCCUUGCACGCGUACAGUUGCCUGGACGGAAGUGCUGUGCGAGAGUGUGUGGGCGCGUUUCUGCCCGGAGUGUGCCGUAUAUCAAAUCAAAUCCAUAACAACUAAGUUUACAAAUAAUCAGAUUUAGAGCUAGCAAUUAAUUACAUCAAAAACUGUGCCAAACAUAUAAAAUUGCAAGCAAGUGUCUUAAAUGUAGUGCAACACAAUUCAAAUCAAAAUUGCUCAAUAAAUCAGUGCAUUAACCCAAAAGGCUACUUUCAUCCACCUAACAAUAUCAAAACAAAACAAACAAAACUCCAAUCAAGAAAUCAAAACAGAAAUCCGGAAAGCAUGUGGAUUAGUAGCCGCCUUUUUGUGAUUUGUUUGCUGCUCAGGUUUGAUGCAACCAUUAGUGAACCCUUCGAAACACAUUUGCGUGGUCCCGGCUUUGUCAUGGAGCCGCCGGGUCGCGUUGAAUUCUCCAAUUCCUCCGGCGGCUGGCUGGAUUGCUCUGCCUCUGGUAGUCCUCAGCCAACGAUCGAUUGGGUGCACGCGGAUGGCACGGCGGUUACGGAAAUUCAUGGUGUGCGUCGCGUGCUCCGCAAUGGCACACUUGUCCUGAUGCCCUUCGCGGCGGCUGCCUAUCAUCAGGAUAUCCACAAUACGAUCUAUCGCUGCAUUGCCAGCAACUCUGUGGGUCGCAUUGUGUCGCGCGAUGUGCAAGUAAGGGCGGUCGUGGCACAGGCCUACAAAGUGGAUGUGGAGGUAUUAUCUGCCUCGCGCGGUUGCACCGCCAUUUUGCGUUGUGUGGUGCCCACGUUUGUCAAGGAAUUGGUACGAGUGGUCUCGUGGGUUCAUGAACCCGCUAUCUACAUCUAUCCCUCGCUGCAAGGCGAUGGCAAAUUCCAUUUACUGCCAACUGGUGAGCUGCUCAUUCACAAUCUGCAGGAGAGCGAUGAGUCUCAAUCCUUCCGAUGUCGCAGCAUGCAUCGCCUGACCCGCCAGGUUGUUGUCAGCUCGCCAACACGAUUGCGUAUUAACUCACAUCGCGGCAUCAUAUCGCCGAGCGUUGUGGAGCACACAUCUCAUGUGCAGGUCUCCCAGGAUGAGGGCGCGGUGCUGUUGUGCGUGGCGCAGGGUUGCCCUUCGCCCGAAUACAGCUGGUACACUCAGAAUGGUGGUGGCCCGUUGCCCGUUCUAAGCGGACCACGGGUGCGACUCCUUGGUCCGAUACUGGCUAUUGAGGCUGUGACUGGCGAAGAUUCCGGCGUCUACAAGUGUACAGCCAGCAAUGUGGGUGGUGAGGCCAGUGCCGAAUUGCGACUCACGGUGGCCACACCCAUCCAGGUGGAAAUCUCGCCAAAUGUGCUCAGCGUGCAUAUGGGCGGCACAGCCGAGUUUCGAUGUCUAGUGACCAGCAAUGGUAGCCCCGUGGGCAUGCAGAAUAUCCUGUGGUACAAGGACGGUCGGCAACUGCCCUCAUCCGGCCGCAUCGAGGAUACGUUGGUGGUGCCGCGCGUGAGCCGUGAGAAUCGCGGCAUGUAUCAGUGUGUGGUGCGGCGGCCCGAGGGUGAUACAUUUCAGGCCACUGCAGAGCUUCAGCUUGGCGAUGCUCCACCCGUGCUUCUAUAUAGCUUCAUUGAGCAAACGCUGCAGCCUGGACCAGCUGUGAGUCUGAAAUGCUCCGCAGCUGGCAAUCCAACUCCUCAAAUUUCAUGGACAUUGGACGGAUUUCCGUUGCCAUCAAACGGAAGAUUUAUGAUCGGACAAUACAUCACCGUGCAUGGAGAUGUAAUUAGUCAUGUUAACAUAAGCCACGUCAUGGUCGAGGAUGGCGGUGAAUAUUCCUGCAUAGCCGAGAAUCGUGCGGGUCGUGUGGAGCAUGCGGCCCGCUUGAAUAUUUAUGGUCUGCCCUAUAUACGCCUCAUACCGAAGGUGACCGCCGUCUCUGGUGAGACAUUGAAUCUGAAAUGCCCAGUGGCCGGCUAUCCCAUCGAGGAGAUACAUUGGGAGCGCGGCGGACGCGAGCUGCCAGAUGAUAUACGACAGCGUGUGCAGCCGGAUGGCUCUCUAACCAUCAGUCCGGUGCAGAAGCAUACGGAUUCCGGUGUCUACACGUGCUGGGCUCGUAACAAACAGGGUCAUAGCGCCAGACGCAGUGGCGAGGUGACGGUCAUAGUGCCACCGCGUCUGAGUCCUUUUCAAACAUCCAUACUACAACUGAACAUGGGCGAUCGCGCCUCACUCACCUGCUCCGUGGUCAAGGGUGACCUGCCGUUGACCAUCAAUUGGCGCAAGGACGGUCGCCCCAUCGAUCCCACGCAGCACAUGUCCGUCAAACAGGUGGAUCAGUAUAAUAAAAUUCUGGUCAUUGACAAUCUGGGCAGCGAUCACACGGGUAACUAUUCGUGUGUGGUGCGAAACUCGGCGGCGGAGGUGGAGAACUCACAAGCGCUCUUGGUUAAUGUUCCGCCACGUUGGAUUGUGGAACCUGCCGACGCGAAUGUGGAGCGCAACCGUCACAUAAUGUUGCAUUGUCAGGCGCAGGGAGUGCCCACGCCCAGCAUUGUAUGGAAAAAGGCUACAGGCAGUAAAUCUGGCGAGUACGAAGAGGUUCGGGAACGUCCCUUCACAAAGUUGCUUGGGAAUGGCUCGAUGUUGCUGCAGCAUGUGAAGGAGGAUCGUGAGGGGUUCUAUUUGUGUCAGGCGAACAAUGGCAUUGGCACGGGCAUAGGAAAGGUCAUACAGCUGAAAGUGAACUCCUCGCCAUACUUCUCAUCCACGUCGCGCUCAGUAACCGUUAAAAAGGGCGACACAGCGCUGCUGCAGUGCGCCGUCAGCGGCGACAAGCCGAUUAAUAUUGUGUGGAUGCGUUCGGGCAAGAAUACACUGAAUCCGUCGACCAAUUACAAAAUAUCUGUUAAGCAGGAGGCCACCCCAGAUGGCGUUUCAGCGGAGCUGCAGAUACGCACAGUGGAUGCCAGCGACAGUGGUCCCUAUUUUUGUCGUGCCAGCAAUCUUUAUGGCAAUGAUCAGCAGCUGGUGCAGCUGCAAGUGCAAGAGCCGCCACAGCCACCCAGUGUUUUGGAGGCGACCAUGAUAAGCAGUCGCUCGGUGAACCUUAAGUGGCAACCUAAGGCUCUCAGCACAGGCGAUGUGUCCAAGUACAUUGUGGAAUAUCGCGAGGCAGAUCCCGUUCUCUUUAUCGAUCAGUGGCAGCACUUGGAAGUCAAAGAUCCGCCCAGCUUUAAUGCGCUGAUUGAGAAUCUGAAGCCAGCGACGCGCUAUGCUUUCAGAGUAAUAGCCGAAGGCAAUGCAGGACGCAGUGCACCAAGUCAGGAGCUGAUUGUGCGCACGGAACCACAACGACCCGCUGGACCACCUUUGAAUCUUUCUGCACGUCCACUCUCAUCCACGGAGCUGCUGAUCAGUUGGGUGGCGCCGCUGCCAGAGCUGCGACAUGGCGAUAUACAGGGCUACAAUGUGGGCUAUAAGCUGGCCAGUUCAAGCAACACUGCCUACAAUUUCACCUCCGUUUCGGGCGAUGGCGAGGGCGGCAAUGGGGAGUUGUUGCUCAGCGGACUCUCCAAGUUUGCGCGCUACAAUAUUGUGGUGCAGGCCUUCAAUCAAGUGGGCCCCGGUCCGCUCUCAGAGCCAACAGCAGCGCAGACCAUGGAGGAUGUGCCCAGUCGGCCGCCGGAGGAUGUUCGAUGUGCUGCGUUGACGUCCCAAUCGCUACAAGUGUCUUGGCAGCCACCGCCAAUUUAUCAUACAAACGGUUUGCUGCAGGGCUACAAACUGGUCUUUGAGCCCAUCAUUGAUGACAUAGUGCCCAAUAAAGAUGAGGUGGAAUCGCGAAAGACAACCGCAUUGACCACUGUACUCACUGGACUCCGCAAGUACACCAAUUACAGCAUUCAAGUGCUGGCACACACACGCAUGGGUGAUGGCGCUAUUUCGAAGCCGCUCUUCUGCCACACCGAGGAGGAUGUGCCCGAGGCGCCGUCUGAUAUCAAAGUGGUUGUCAGUUCGCCGCAAUCACUCUUUGUCUCCUGGCAGUCACCGAUCGAGCCCAACGGCGUCGUUACCAAGUACAGCCUCUAUACGCGCGUCGUUAAUGGACGCGAGGAGCUGAAAAAUGAGAAGCGCAGCCUGCCAUCACAGCAAACCUACUACGAGGCCAAGAAUCUGCAUCCCCACAUGGAGUAUCAGUUCUGGGUGACGGCAUCAACGCGUGUGGGUGAGGGUAAAAGCUCACGCGUUGCCUCACAAAUAACUACGAAUCGUGUGCCGGCAAGAAUUAUUUCUUUUGGUGGUGGUGUGGUGCGGCCUUGGCGCUCCACAGUCACGUUGCCCUGCACGGCUGUGGGCAAACCCAAGCGAGAGUGGUUCAAAGCAGAUGUCGCACUGCGUCAGGGCAUGCAUAACUCACAGCUGCUGGAUACCGGCGACUUGAUCCUUUCCAGUCUGCAACUGACCGACAGCGGCAACUACAGCUGCCAGGUGGAUAAUGGCAUCGGCACGGAUCGUCUGACGCACAUGCUGCUCGUACAGGUGCCACCCUCAGCCCCAGUUCUGUAUGUGACAAGCGCCACAUCGAGCAGCAUUUUGAUGCACUGGAAGUGCGGCUUCACUGGAAAUGCUCCUAUCACUGGUUACACUCUGUUUUAUCGCCGCGCCACUGGCAACACGGAUGAGAUGCAGCUCUCCCGGCACGCCUCUAGUCAUGAGCUGAAGGGCCUCGUCUGCGGCAGCACCUAUCAGAUACACUUGAAUGCCCACAACAAAGUCGGCAGCUCCCCAGCCAGCAUUAUGCUCCAUGUGCGCACACAAGGACAGGCGCCAGGCAUGCCAGCAUCGACCAGUUUGCUGGCACCCAACUCCACGUCGGUGUUGCUGCGUCUGCACACCUGGCCGGACAAUGGUUGUCCCCUGAUGUACUUUGUGCUGCAGUACCGUGCGGUGACAGAUGAUCCCGACAGGGAAUGGAUUCUGGUUUCGAAUGCUCUGAAGCCGCAACGACGCGUGGUCAUCUCCAAUCUGCAAUCAUCGACGCUCUACCAGAUGCGCAUGGAGGCACACAAUGUUGCUGGUGUUUCGCAGGCGGAGUUCAGUUUUGUGACACUCACCAAAGAUGGUGAUCCACCACCGCCGGAGAUUGUGCAGCGUGGUCAACGGGGACCAAGUGUGUUCUAUGGCAACGUUAAUCUUCUCGUACCCAGCAUUGCUGCUGUCUCCGGCAUGAUAUGCACCAUAGCCUUGGUUGUCAUCUGCUAUCGUCACAAACAAAGCAAUCAUAUACAAAAGGAAUCGCUUGAGAAUCGCGCCAACUCUGAAGCGGCACAGCGUGAACGAUAUUAUGCCACAAUACAUAAGGUUUCCAUGCAGAACAAUGACAAAAUUCCGGAAACCUCUGAGGACAUCUCACCGUAUGCCACCUUCCAAUUGUCGGAGGCGGGUAAUAUGUCACAGCCGCAUCAUGGCGGUCCAGCCAAUACGCUGCUGCACUCGUUUAUGUACCAUGAGAGGGCUCUGGCCGAGGGCUGCUCCUCGCCACCACCAGCUGCGUCCAAGAAUCGACGUCGUCACUCGCGCAAGACCGAACCGGAGAGUGAGGAAUCCGAAUCGGAUCAGGAUCAAUUGACUUCCAGUCGCACCGAGUCUUCCAAUCAGCAUGAGGGCAAGAUCAAGCACAGCAUCAUCUACCAUGGAGCACAAUCAAGCACAUCCUCCGAUCUGUCACCAAUGUCCGAACAAAAAUCAUUGCCACGACGCGGUCGCUCCAGGUAUCAUCAUCAGCAAUAUCAGUUUUCCACCAAUACAACACCGCGUCAUCACAAUAGCAACAAAAGCAACAACAACAUUACCACAAACACGUCCACAAAUACAAAUACAGCCACAUCGGCAACAAAUUCGAGCAAAAUUCUAUCGCCACGCAACGGUGUUGGUGGCAAUUUGAAAUCCAUAUCGAGCACAUUCAAAUCACAAGACUCCAUACAAUGCCAUAUACCCACAUUGGUUAAAUCGCCAUCAAUAAGCACACAACAACAGAAACAGUUCCACAAACAACAGCAGCAGCAACAUCAACAACAACAACAACAUCAACAACAACAGCAAUCACAGUCUAACAAUAUUACUAAGCCCAGUCAGAACCCCAAUCAGACCCAAUGCAGUAGCAGUAGUUUGAAGCAACAGCAACCACUACUGAUCCAGCCCAAGCUCCAUCAGCUCGAGCCGACGCCGACAACGACAAUGCAUGUUAACAACGGCCAGGAGCUGUUGGGCUUGGAUGGAGGCGUUAGUACAUUAGCAUCUGUUGUGCCCGUCACUUGCAUGCCACCCUCCUCACAGUUUCGACCCAUACCACACAAGUCCAUAAUGCCCGCGCAUGAGUCACACCUCAAUCACCACAACCAUCAUCAGCAAAAUCAUCAUCAGGGCGGUGUCCCUGGCACCGCUCUGCUUAACCCGUCGACGGCUCUGCUGUCCUCAAAGUUCUUUACGGCACCAACGCUGCCGCUGCCCAAAUAGGAUACGGCCAAUGGGGGGAGUGAAUACACAGGCGGUGCAGGUGGUGCUGAUAGCAGCAGUAGCUUCAAUAACGGCUAUAACAGCGGCGACAUUUCGUGCACCUAUAUGGAUCCCAUAGAUCACACAUGAGACUUGGCGUAUGGUGAGGUGUGUGGUCCUGAGGGCGCCCAUUAAACAGCAGCCACCACCAGCCACCAGCCACCAGCCACAAGUUGCCAACUGCCAACUAGAACCACCACUUGACACACAACUUGAACACAACUAAGUCUCUCUCUCUCUCUCUUAAAUACUGAAUGCUUGAGUGUGGUUGCCAGCCAAAAACAAAACUAUAGUAUGAAACAACUCUGGAUACUCUUCUUCCCCUUCCAUU